GGAACUUUAAGACAUGUCAAAUACAACUAAAACUUAUGGUUUGGCGUUGACCCAUAAAGAGUUGCUGUUCGAUCGGAUAAGCUCUGGAGAAAAAGAGAAAAAUGGCAACACCAUCCAAGUUAUACAGUUGCUGCUCUCUGUUAAUGGCGUUUCUGUUUGCUUAUUCCACAGCUGUUCAGUUUAACGACCCUGAUUGGUAUUUGUGGAUUCCACUAUAUGGAUGUGCUUGUGCUGUGAAUCUUGUCAACUGGGAUGUCUCCUUACAAGGCGUGGCUUAUGUUGCUAAGGCAACACUGGGACUUGGAAUAUGUUUGUGGGUGAAGGUGGUAGCAGAGGAUUUUGUGAAUGGAAUUGCAGGGUUUCUCUCUCUAGAUUUAAGUGAGAGAGUGGUAAGGGAGAAAACAGGGAGUGGGUUGGUUGUGUCUUCCAUGGUUUUACACCUGAUAGCAGAAUCAUCAUCAUCAAUCAGAACAAGAAAAGGGGAAAGAGUGUUUUCAAGAUAUGUCUCAUACGGAAUGGCAUCAUUGGUGGCAUUUAGUUAUGGACUUCCCAUUUUCUUCUUCUUGGUUCAAAUGGGCAAAAUGAACUUCUGAAUCAUGUUGGACAAAUGUUACAAGAGAAACUUCAAAAGGAGGGAGAGAAUGUUCUUCAGAUCAAUGUAUUUUCCAAUUUAUAACGAAAAAACUU